UAAUCUAAUUCUUCCCGAACGUUCUAACCUACGUUUGUCGGAUGCUUCAUCGCCUCUCAGCUCCCGAAGUGAUCUGAAUAGGCGCUAAUCGAGCACAUUAGCCACCCCACCGUAGACACAGAGUAAAUUUUAUUGUUAUUCCCGUAUACCAGGAAUACUUGGGCCCUGUUUCCAGUUAUCAUCUGGUAACCUGAAUCGAUACAUAUCUGUACUUUCCACUAUGCGGUCUACUCUUUUCCUCGCGGUUGCAGUUACAGCUGUACCGACCCCUCAACUGAUAGACCUGACACCAGGUUAUUCGAAGGGAGACUCAGACCCAGCACGUUUCAGGUAUUACGAAAACCCAGACUCUCUACAGGGACCAUGCGACAUCACCACAGGACCUGACGGCAAGAUCUGGACGCAAAACUUCUUUGACAACAGUAUCUCGAAGAUCGAGAUUGGCAGCGGUAAAAUCACAAACUACCCAGUUCCUUACAGCCCCAAUCAACUGUACAAUGGCAGUCUCCCGUUGACAGGUCGUGUGGCUUUUGCAUGUGCUAUACAGCCUGGCCGUGAUGGGAACUUGUAUGCUGCUACAGGAAUUCGCUCGCAAUUCUUGAAGAUCAACCCCGCUACUGGCUCUAUCAAAGUAUUCACACCUCCAUUGCCAAAUGUUCCGCUUCUUGGAGAUGUCCAGCCUUUCAACGACCUUUGGGACGGCGAAACAGGCAUGUGGUACACGCUCACAACAGCCGGAACACUGUACCACUUCAACUACGCAACAGAGGAGUUCGAUGGCGUCUACCCUCUACCCACCCCACUGAACGGCGUCGUCGGUGUUUUCGUUUCCAAAAUUGACGGCAACGUCUGGCUUGCCGAGAUGCUGGGCCAAGCAAUCACCAAAUUCAAUCCAACAACCAAAAGGUUUACUCGCUACCCUCUCCCGCUUGAAGGCCUCGGUAUCGUAGUGGUCCGAGCCGAGACAGAGAACCGUUACAUAUGGUUCACUGGGUUCGUGUUGAAUUCCAACGUCCGCUUCGACACGCAGACGAAGAAGAUUGACGUCUUUACCGACCCGUUGCCUGCGUCUUUUCCUACCGAGAAUACAGUUGAUUCGCAGGGACGCUACUGGUAUUCGACAGCUACUCGCAAUACAAUUCAGUACCUCGACAAGAACAACGAGGCGGUAAUCAUCGAUAUGCCAGAUAAUGGUAUCACUUCGCCAGUGGGUAUACCUCCAGGCCUCAAUAUUGCUAUUCACUAUGGUCCGGAUAAUGGAAUAUAUUUCUCACAGGUGCUCCGUAACAGAAUUGGGAGGUACCAGUUGUGAAGGAAGGUUGAGUCGUUGGGAAAAGUCCUGGAAAGCACCUCCGCAAAAAUAGCAGUGUAACAAUCUGGCUACAUGGCCUAAUGCAAUUCGGCUAUAUCAAACCUCAUAUCAACAGGCCACGCACAAAAUGAGCGUGUCUUGGGCACACCGGCAAGUGACGUUGAGCACUAUGAAUUGAGUGCACUUCGCUACAUUGACACCGGCUAUCUUGAAGCUGACGUGCAGAUCAAGCUUGGCAACCACUAGGGACAAGGUCCGCGUGGUCACCCCGAUUCGAGAUCUGCACUUCGGGCCGAGGAAUGUUCGAAGUUGCGCAACCAAACCAGCGAACGUGACUGGUUUUCUGGAGCGAGGGACUUGGCACACCGGAACUUACUCCACGCUCAGUGAGGAUUCUACGGUAGGCUAGGACCUGUCAGGCUUGAGACGGCGGGUUUGUUUGAAUUGCCUGUUCAGGCAUUGAUACGAAGGCCUAGAGGUAGAAAGUGGUUGGUCACGAG